CGACACAUAAAUAUACUGUAAAUGUAAUGACAAGUAAUAGUUGUGUUGUUUUUGUUAUCAUUUAAAUAUGAUUUACAUUUCAUUACAUAAUAUGAUAUGUAAUCAAUAAAAAUCAUUUGUUUGUCAUUCUGUGGAUCAGCUCUUUGACCACCAAAAACACACACAUCGUUGGCCAACACAUUCAUCGGAUGGUUAGUAAUUUGAAUUGACUGAAGCAGACACACACACACACAUCGGGCCAUACAAUUGUACCGAUCACUGGACGCGCGUCCGACCCGUCCGCGUGUUUAACCACCAAUUGAUUAACUCAUUAGUUUUGUGGAUCAUCUGUUCAGUGCUGAAGAUAUUAUUUGUUUCGAUUAUCAACAAAAAAUAUGGAUAUCUCGGCCAUCGUGUCUAUCAACACAAAUAUGAAGAUAUUGGUGACAUUAAUGAUAAUUGUUUUACAAUUGAAUCAACUGACCGAUUGCCGAAAACAUCAUUUAGUUUUGACGAAUGAUGAGCGCAAGUAUAUAACUAUCAGUACGUUUGGCUAUUUCAUCGGCGGUCACCUCAGUAUUGAAGUAAACAAAUUCAGUGAUCGACCACAUAAUGACAACUCUAUUUUUGGCUUCACAUUAGCCAAAACAAUGAGCGAUAGUCUUACACCAUAUCUUGAAGGACAUGAAGACCGAUGUCUACUCAAGGAUGAUGUCGUAACCAUUAAUAAUGACGAAAAUAUUGGAUUAGUUUCAAUGAUAUUUGAUUUCAAGAAAAAUCGUGUUGUAUUGAAGUGCAAUAAAUUGUUGUCGAAGUUGAGAUUUUCCGAUGGGAUCGGCUUAAGGCCUAAACGCGAAGAUAAAGUAAUCUCAUAUAUCUUAAAUGAUGUCAAAAAUAAAUCAAUCGUUUCUAAUAAAUCUGAAAUUAAUAAUAAUAAUAAUGAAAAUAAACCGAAAGUUUCAGUUAAUAUGACAAAAAUCAAUACCAAUACCAAUAAUAAUAAUAAUAGUGAUAAUAAGGAUCAAAGUGAUAAACAAAUUGGUGACAACAAACAAAAUGAUAAUUUAAGUGAUAAUAAUAAUAAGAUUAUCGGUAAUAAUGCAAAUGAUGUUAAUGUUCUUAACAAUGCCGAUGACAUCAAAAACGACGAAAAAGAUAAGACAUUACCUGUCGAUGAAAAAAAAUCAGUUCCAAGUGAAGACAAUAAUGACGAAGACAUUGAAGACAAAUCAUGUUCAAUACCGUACGUCAAACUCAUCAGAAGUGGUGAUCCAAAUCAUGCAGAAUAUAGUUUUAAAAUUCAGGCAGUGAUUGCCGAAGACUCCCAGGAAGGUCUCUAUAGUCUAUUCUUUCAUAACUGUCCCAACUAUAGACCUCACGGAGGAUUCCGACGCAAUAUGACAUCUUUCAAUCUCAAUAUGACUAUAAACGAAGACAAUUUAGGCAAUUAUCUAUCGGCCGGUGAGAUACCAUUACCGCAACUUUAUUUUGCACUGUCGGUCAUAUUUUUCUUGUUGGGAAUUGUAUGGCUUAACGUUAUCCGAAACAAACACAACGAUGCCUUUAAACUACAUUACCUGAUGGCUGGCCUUGUGUUUGUCAAAGCGCUGUCCUUAAUGUUUCACGGGAUCAACUAUCAUUUCAUAUCAACUGAGGGCUCACAAGUGGAAACGUGGGCUGUCCUCUACUAUGUCACUCAUUUACUGAAAGGCGCCCUACUAUUCAUAACCAUUGUACUGAUCGGCACCGGCUGGUCAUUUGUUAAGCAUAUACUCAGUGAUAAAGACAAGAAAAUAUUUAUGAUUGUGAUUCCACUUCAAGUUUUGGCAAAUAUUGCUGACAUAAUAACCGAAGAGAGCGAAGAAGGAGAAUUGAAGCAUAAUAUGUGGCGCGAAGUCUUCAUUCUAGUGGAUCUGUUGUGUUGCGGUGCUAUACUGUUUCCAGUAGUUUGGUCCAUACGCCACCUGCAGGAGGCGUCACAAACGGACGGCAAGGCUGCCAUUAAUUUGCGAAAACUCAAAUUAUUCCGCCAUUUCUACGUAAUGAUUGUCUGCUAUAUCUACUUCACCCGAAUCAUUGUCUAUCUGUUGAAGAUAACGGUUCCGUUUCAGUACGAAUGGCUCGACGUUUUCUUUGAGCAUUCGGCUACACUACUAUUUUUCAUAUUAACCGGCUAUUACUUUCAGCCGACAUCAACCAAUCCAUACUUUCAAUUGGGUCAAAGCGAUGAUGACUUAGAACUCGAAGAAGUCUUAUUUGUUCAACCGAGCAGUGGGUUCGACACUAAAAAACGCGGCCAUAUCAAGGACCGGGAAGUGAUCGAUUCCAACACAUCCGAUACGGAACGGCUGAUUACCAAAAGGGAAAGUAGUCAUGACUUUGAUUAG